AUGGCUAUUCACCGAGUAGAAUAUGUACAUGGGAUUGGAUCUGAAACGCGAAACUCCCUCUUUCACUUACAUAAUGGACAGGAUAUUGUUCUGGUAACAACAUGUCGACAUGGCAAAAGUUGGAGAGAGUUGCAAGAUGCGAGAUGUGAUGAAGAUAACAGAGACUAUGACAGAUACGAUUAUGAAACUCUUCUGCUAAAUUCUACAUUUUGCUUGGUUCCACGUGGGAGACGUUUGGGUUCAUUUAGGUUUCUGGAAGCACUUCAGGCUGGUUGUAUACCUGUGCUGCUCUCCAAUGGUUGGGUGCUGCCUUUUGAAUCAAAAAUCGAUUGGAAGCAAGCGGUGAUAUGGGGCGAUGAACGACUUUUACUACAAAUUCCUGAUAUGGUCCGUUCUAUUCCUGCUGAACGUAUAUUCGCGUUAAGACAACAAACACAAGUACUAUGGGAAAGAUAUUUUGGAUCUAUUGAAAAGAUUGUUUUUACAACGUUCGAGGUAAUUGCACUAUAUAAAUGA